AUUCCGCUUUCAACCAUCGAUUUAGACCUUUCUGAAAACUCAAUAACUUCUGUGGAUGAUAACAGUUUUAUCGAUAUGCCAAAGCUUCUCAGUCUUUCUCUGAGUUGUAACGCUCUGACCAAUGUGAACGGCCAGAUGUUUACUGGUCUCACCAAACUGCGUUUAUUAAAUUUGUCAUUGAAUGACAUCAGUUUUGUUCCCAGUACUACGUUUGAUGACAUGGUUGAUCUACUAAUCCUAGACAUCAGCAACAACCCCAAUUUUUUAAACAAUAAUGCCACCAUAGACCCUCGUACUUUCAAGAGUCUCAACAAUUUGCAGGAGAUCUACAUCCAUGGUAUAUGCAAUCCAUAUCUACCCGACUGCCCUUAUCCAACUGAAGCUCUACGGAUGUUAACUAGCCUAAGAGUUCUUGGCAUAAGCGCCCAAGAAGAGAAAAAUAUAGGCCCAGACGUGUCGAAUCUCUUACACUUACAGACUCUCAUUAUUAGUGGAUUUUGCAACAAAAAACUUAUCAGUGAAACGUUUUUUAACAAUGUCCCGUACAUUGUUUCUCUAAAAAUAGUGGACUGCCAAAUAGUAUUUGUUCAUCCAAAUGCUUUUUCAGCUCUCAAAUCUCUAGAAAAUUUAACUCUCAACAAUCUUCAACCUUACUACACCAUCUUUCAACUAUUAUUAGACUUAAAAUGUUUAAGAAAUUCAUCACUGCAAUAUCUUUCAAUGAUCAACAUUAAUGCGUUAACGACCACUGUUACACUGAACCAGACGCACGCAGCACACUUGCGAUAUAUCAACUUGAUUCAGCUGGACAUGUCUUACAAUAAAAUUGACCUUUUAACUCCAGAGUUUGUAAGUCUCUUACCACGAAGUUUAAAAAAGAUCGACCUAAGUGGUAAUAAUUUUUCUCCUGACCUACUCUUUUGUUCACUUAACUUUCCCAAAGGACUUGUAGAGAUGAAUCUUAAUGAUCAAGCAUGCAAUUCAAUAGUUCCUUGCCAUUUACCUGCAAAUAACCCCAUUCAUGCACACUUUGAGUCCAUGGAUCAAAUAAGUAAAAGACAAAUGUAUGUGAGGCUUAAUCAAAAGCCAUCCGUUUUAUUGGAAACUGGUUUGGCAUUCAAAAAUAGAACACAUUCUUUUCAGUCUUCUCCAAACCAAUCUUUAGGCUUCUCUCUACCACCAAAUUUAAAAAUACUUAAGGGUAAUAGUUUUAAUGAUUUUGGAAAUUCCAUUUUUUUUAUUAUUGAAAAUACACUAUUGGAACUAAGCCUCUCUGGAAGCUUUUUACAGUUUUGGGGUAUGUUUUUAUUACCCAAGGGUAUAAAGAAAGCAGAUUUCAGUAAUAAUUACUGCGAAGUAUUUAAGGCGCAUUUCUUCUCGGACGGAACUUCAUUAGAAUAUCUAACUGUUGCAGAUAAUCUACUGGGAUCUGCUUUUGCGGCAGAUGUUGAAGGAAAACUUUUUGCUAAAGCACAGAGACUAAAAUAUCUUGACGUUUCUAGGAAUAGAAUUCACGAGCUCAAUUACGACGUGUUUAAGGAACUUGUACAUCUUCAAAUCUUAAACAUUUCCGAGAAUAGCAUUCAAAUCUUUAAUGUCAGUUUUCAGCACAUGACACAGCUGAGCGUCAUAGACGUAAGCAGAAAUUCCAUUUCUUGGCUAAGUAAGAAUACCCGAGAUGAAUUAGAUGACAUUGCAACACAACACAUGCUUUACCUUGAUUUAACUUCUAAUCCCCUACCGUGUACUUGUGAAGGGCUCGAAAUAUUACAGUGGCUGUCUAGCACUAACGUUUAUCUCUUAAACUCAGACUUUCUUGAGUGUAGAAAUGAAGAAAAUCAACUGCAAGAGAUUGGCGACGUGAGACGCCGUGUGGUGGAGUUAAAGAGAAAAUGUGCUUCCAAGUCAGUCAUCAUUCUAACUUGUAUAUUUUCAAUAAUUGUCUUCAUUGUGAUAUUAGCAGCAUCGUUGAUAUAUCGAUACCGAUGGAAGUUAAGGUACUUUUGGAGUAUCGCCUUGGUCAAAGUAAUCGGUAUCAAGCCAAAAACUAACGGAGACGGCUUUCGGUUUGAUGCAUAUCUGCUUUACACAGACGAGACCCGUGAUUUUGUAAUACGCGACUGCGUCCGUGAGCUAGAAGAGAAGAGGGGUCACCGAUUGUGUAUUGAAGACAGAGAUUUCCUGCCUGGGACGUACAUAAUUUCUAACAUUGUCAGUGGUGUGCAGAACAGCACCAAGACCGUACCCGUCCUGACCGCAGAGUUUUACCAAGGUGAGUAUGCUGAGUACGGAGUAAAGAUGGCGCUCAUGGAAGAAAUUUUCGCCCACCGUUCAGUUAUUUAUCUGUGCAUAUACAAGCCAAUGGACGAUGAGCAUAUAUCACGUGACCUCCUAAUGGCCUUGAAAAAUAACCGCUACAUUGAAUAUCCACCGUUGGAGGAAGCUACAGAGGAGAUAAAAAUUGAGUUUUGGAAUCAGUUUUCCCGUGUGAUAGGUAAUGAUAAUAACCAACAUUAA